GGCCGGGCUGGCUGACGGGCGGCCGUGAGACGCUGCGGGACUGUCCGCCGGGCCGGGCCAGCCUAGCGGCCACCCGUAAACAAACCAAGAGCGUGCGCCUCGCCACAGGCUACUUUAAGAAAAAUGGCUUUGUCAGCCCAACAGAUAUCCAGAUGGUUCAAUUCAGUUAAAUUGAGUAGCUUCAUUACAGCUACACAAUGCGGAAAACAUUUCCAGAGACCAGGAAGAACAUUGUUGCUUGGCUUUUCUGCUCAGCCACAGAUGUCCUCUGAUAAUUGCUUUCUCCAGUGGGGAUUCAAGACUUACAGGACUUCCUCCUUAUGGAAUAGUUCCCAGUCUACCAACUCAAGUAGGCAAGAGAUUGGUUCUGGCCAAAGUACUCUGCUUCCUUGCAUGAAUGAACAGACACAGAAGACACAGAAAAUAUCCAACUUUGAUUCUGAGCUGUCUCUAGAAGCACUGGACGACCUGCCUCCGGUGUCUCCAUUGCAGCCAGUUUCCGAGGAGGAGGCCGUUCAGAUUAUCGCAGACCCUCCACUGCCCCCAGAUACGUUCACGCUUCGAGACUACGUGGAUCAUUCUGAGACUCUGCAGAAGUUAGUGCUUCUAGGUACUUGUCUCCAUGCUGAAGACCUGGAGAUUACAAUGAGAGUGGAUCUCUCAAAGAUAGAAAAACAUCCAGAUGCAGCCAACCUCCUUCUGCGACUGGAUUUUGAAAAAGACAUUAAGCAAAUACUCAUGUUUCUUAAAGAUUUGGGUAUAGAGGAUAACCAGCUGGGAACAUACCUGACUAAAAACUAUGCUAUUUUCUCCGAAGACCUUGAAAAUCUUAAGACCAGAGUGGCUUAUCUGCAGUCAAAAAAUUUCAGUAAGGCACAUAUAGCACAGAUGGUCAGAAAUGCACCAUUUUUGCUGAGUUUUUCAGUGGAAAGAUUGGAUAACAGAUUGGGAUUUUUUCAGAAAGAACUUGAACUUAGCGUGAAGAAGACUAGAGAUCUGGUAGUUCGUCUCCCAAGGCUACUAACUGGAAGUCUGGAGCCCGUGAAAGAAAACAUGAAGGUUUAUCGUCUUGAACUAGGUUUUAAACAUAAUGAAAUUCAACAUAUGAUCACCAAAGUCCCAAAGAUGUUGACUGCAAGUAAAAGGAAACUUACUGAGACUUUUGACUAUGUGCACAAUGUGAUGAGCAUUCCCCACCACCUCAUCGUCAGGUUCCCACAGGUAUUUAAUACAAGGUUGUUUAAAGUCAAAGAAAGGCAUUUGUUUCUUACCUAUUUAGGAAGAGCACAAUAUGAUCCAACAAAACCUAACUACAUCUCUUUGGACAAGUUAGUGUCUUUGCCUGAUGAAAUAUUUUGUGAAGAGAUUGCCAAAGCCUCAGUACAAGACUUUGAAAAAUUCUUAAAAACUCUUUAGUUUUUGAUGAAUGUUAAAAUGUAAUAAUAUAAAAUGAAUGUAUAUAUGAAUGAAUGAUACAUAUUUUUAAAUAAAUGCCUCAGGCCUCCACUGAUGCUGGAAACAA